CACCGCGCCUCGCACCUCGCGCACAACCGCCCCCACAUCGACGCCCACCGCAUCACCUUCGGCGGGCCGAUGCUCUCCUCCCACACGUCCACGCCUGACGACCGACUCGGCCAGCAGAAUAUCAUCGGCAGCGUCCAUCUCUGCCGGGCCGCGGGCGAGGCUGAGGUGUGGGCGAUGGUGGCGGCGGAUCCGUAUGCGACGCUCGGGGUGUGGGAUCUGGGGGCGGUGGAGGUGGUGCCGAUGCGGGUUUUGGUG